CCUCUCUCUCUCUCUCUCCCUCCCUCCCUCCCUCUCUGCCGGGACAGCCAGCAGCAGCGGGACAAACAGUACCAGAGAGACACUAUCAAGUUGGCAAUGGGGUCGUCUCCGGCUCUAGUCUGCGCCACCGCGUUUGUGUUGGUUUUACUGAGCUCAGCGCAUGAGGAUGAGCAAAACCUUGAGCAGCCUGAUGUCACCUUUGACCUCGACAAAAUCAUGCUAGAGACACAAAACAAAGAGUCAUUCAUGAUGCAGAGACCGCUGGACAUGUCAGAGCUUCUCGACCCCAUGGAGUUUCACUUACAGCAUAUCGUGGAUCCACCAGAACCUUAUGACGAGAGAGCGGGUUCUAGACGAGUCUUAAAACCAAGAGGACGUAGACCUAGCUUCAGUCCUCGUUCCUUUGGUGGUCCUCCCAUGCUGGACUAUCCCGUUCAGUUCCCCCUUGCGCAACCGUCCUCAGAUAACCUCCAAGCCAUCUGUCUCUAUGGAGACCGUCGUCCCUACUACUCAGACUCUUACUUUCCUGUUUCUGGUUUUGGCCAGCUGAAGAGAAGGGCCAGUGCUGUCAAUAAUGCAGAGUCCUGGUUCAGUAUGUGCUGCCGAGGGAACGAGACGUGGGGGAGGGAAGUGACGCUGUGUUGCGCCAGGCAGGCGUGGGAGCUUUCAGUCGAAUCGUUCUGUACCGAGGACUCAUCAGUAAAGGAUCGUCUUUACGACUGCUGCAGGAAAACAGGCAACAAACGGCUGACCUGCUUCCACAACGACGCUCCAAACCCGAACUACGGGCCAACAGAGGAGCUGCCGGUGCCACCGCCUCCCUCUUUUGACAGUUUCAACUUUGAUCCCAACACUUGCCAGAGUACGGCAAUAACUCCACACGAAGUCAGAGGAAGGAGUCAAAGAAAGAUUAAGAAACUAUCUACUUCCCAGAAAAUUGACAUCAACUUUCCUCCUGGACGCCCAACAGCAGAUGGCAUUGAAUCACUGUGUAACAACCAGAAGCUACGCACCCUCUAUACUGUCAAGUGCCUGCCAGGUUCAGGCUACGAAUUGUUGGCUCGUCAGGCAAAGACCAUUAACCGUAUAGAGAAGGGAUUCAAACAGUGCUGCAAGAAGAAGCAGGAUGUGCUCAACUGUGUCGACCAGAAGUGGCGUCUGGAGCUUAAUAACUUCUGUUCGGGUAAGAAUGGUGAAAAGGUGGAUUUCCACUGUUGUUCCGCAGGGAAUGAUGCAAAUGGUCGAUUUGACUGUUUCCAAAGCAUUUCUCCAGACCCAUAUUAUAAUAUGACUUCUGCCACUGAAGAGCUCUCGCUUAACAAAAUCUGUGACACUGACAAGAUCAUCAAGAAGAGGUUCCCUGUUGGUUUUCCGAUCAAGAACUUUGUGACCCAAUGCUGCCCCCUGCCUGAAAUAGAGAAGACCAACUGUUUUGUGCAAACGCUUAAUGAAAUGUCGGAGAACCUUUGUUUAUCAAAGAAGGCUUCUCCUCCGGCUGUCCGCCGCUGCUGCAGUGCACAAGAGGCUCCAAAGUGUAUCUCCAAAAUUCUCAUGGAUGCCGUCACCAAAGCAACCAAUGCCUUACGCCAAAAGAAGAAGAAAAGGUGCCCUCUCUCCUAAACCCUUUUUGACCUUUUGUAGCUGACCCUAUGGGCCCCGGGCCGUUCAGGGACACAUCAAGCUAGCAAGCAGAAGUGACCUCCAAUCACUGAACAAAAGCAAUUAUUCCCACUUACAAUAUUCAAAAUGUGGAGCAAAUUCUAGUUUCAUCUUCUGCCAGUGUUAUUUGCAUAUUUUCACCUGAGAUCAAGAAGCGUAGUUGUCAAUAGAAUACAUUUAUAAAGAAACUAAAAUAUUGUUAGAUGCUUUGUUUGUAAACAGACUGUUGUCUGUGUCACUGUACCACUAUUUUUAAUAGGCUGCUCUAAACAUAUUUGAUUAUGAAUGCAUUUUUUGAUUCCUUCAGAGCUGCAAGAUCAGUUCUCUUCUUUUUAUAUGUGUUUGUGGUUAAGAUCAUAUCUACAACCGCUCUAAUAAAAAACAUUUUUAAAUAUA